AUGGCUAGAUUGUCUGAGGCACAGACAGUUAAUGGUGAUGCCGAAGACCGCGCGAUACCGGGGGCCCUGAUUCGAGAAAUUGUGGCAAGGCGCUAUGAUAUGUACUACGUACCUAUUGGUCCUCGGCUUGUCAUCGUACGACGGGAAGAAGCGAGAAAAGUCUUUCCCCAGACGAUUGUGAUGUCGCAGAGUGCUGUACACCUGACAGGCACCUCUUUCUCAUGUUUCAAGCCUUCCGAAAACGCGACAGGUCUAGUUAUUGUCUUGGUUCUGUGUCUGAUAUCCUUUCGGAACGACGUCCAUGUCGAAGCCGUCGUCCAAGAAAGUCGUCUCAACCCCAGUCUCAACGUCAUUAUGGAUACUAGCUACAGUCCCCUAGUCCCCUCAAUUCAAGCGCACCAAGAGAGAGACCCGCUGAGUGCGGAGCGGAGCGGAGCCGAUCGUCAUUCAGGGUCGUUAAUGUCUGGACAAAUCUUGAUGCUUCUUUAG